CCGCAGCGAGCGAGAGAGCGCCGAGGCGCAUUUCCCUCUGCCAGGAGAAGCCCCGGAGCAGCUCGCCGGACUCCAGGGAGCGCUGUGUCGCCGCCCGCCGAGGCGGGGAGCCGCAGGAGGAGAAGGCGGCAGCCCACCAGGCGCAUCUGGACACGGGGAAUCGAGGCGCAGCCUGCCUCGGGGCGGCUGAUGGGCGCGCUCCGGCCAGCAGCCAGACACACAGCCCCAGCUCCGUCCUCCAGGUGGACUGCAUUUCUUUUUAUGAAGUUUCACUAAUGGCUUGACAUCAGCAAAUUAAACAGAAUUCUCAUCAUGGAGAAUACAGAUGCAGAUAACCUGGCAUCAAAACCAGAGGAGAAAGAUCCACCCCAAAGUCCCUAUUCUGUUGAAACUCCCUAUGGCUUCCAUUUAGACCUUGACUUCCUGAAGUAUGUUGAUGACAUUGAAAAGGGAAAUACUAUCAAGAGAAUUCCAGUCCGCCGGAAAACUAAGCACCCCAAAUUUAGCACCCUGCCUCGGAACUUUAGCCUUCCAGAAAAUGGAUCCAAUGCCUAUUCAUCCUCCUUAAACAAGAGUUUCCUUACACAGAGAAAGUCCUCCUUAGAUGCAGAGGAGAGCAGGUCCCUGGUCACAUCCAUUGGUACAUCUUCACAUUCAACUCUUCCCCAAGGACCAAGCUACAGAAAGAAAGCCCUGCUAAUAGAGACUGUCAAACAAGACCCUCUUCCCCUUGAAGAGGAGACCGCCAAUUGUAAAGGAAGGCCUCAGCUUCUAAGGGCAUCCAGCAUGCCUGCCCAGCUUCCACCAAUUCCAAAUUUAGAAGAAGAAACUCAUCAGGCAGCUUUUCUGCCUUCGGGAUUCCUUCAGUCUUCCAAUGGAAAUAGUUUAGAGUUUGAUUUUAGCCCUGCAAAAAAGCCAUCCGAGUUAAUUAGUUCCAUAAGAUCUCUGUUGCCCCCACUUGAAAAUCUAACAUUGAAAGAACAAACCAAUAAAGCCAUCCAGGAUUCUGAGAAAAGUCCAGGAUUAAGGAGAGGAGCUCAGCUUCUGUUAGACCAGCAACAAACAGAGCUUCCUAAGGAAACAGAACUCAGUGAUCCACAGCAAAGCCAACCUCUAAUUUCUCAGAAAUUCCUUGAGGCUGUGGAGAGCGGAGAAGAAUGUCAUGAGAUGCAGGUGUGUCCAUCAUCAGUUCAGAGUGAAUUGGCCCCUACCAGUACCUCAGAAAACAUGUCUGUAAAGGAAUCCCAGGAAGGAAUAGAACUUAACAUAUGUGAGACUGUUGCAGAAGAAGUAGAGGAAGAGGAUGAAGUGACAGCUCUUAGCACUAGAGAAGUGGAAGAAAAUAUACAACUCAACCCCUUCCUUCUCAAAAGUCCCAGCAAUAUAAGAGCAUUACAACAGCAUAUUGCAAUCCUGGAGAAGCAACUAAAUCACAAAACAGAAGAACUUGAGCAGAUCCGGAAGGUUUUGAAGCAACAGGAUCAAGAAAUCAAAGCAAAAGAGAGAAGUAUUGAAUUGCUAGCAACUUCUAAAGCCCAGCUGGAAGAGAAACUCUGUGGGGAGAACAUCAAAGAAAUUAAGCCAGGCGUGCAGGCCAGAAAUGCCCCCCAAUACUUUGAUGUUGCUGUGAAUACAGAACAUGUGCAUGAAAAGGUGAUGCAUGAAAAAGAGAUUUCUGUAAGCAUCACGGAGCUUGUGGAACCUCUAGGAGCGGUUACUUACGAGGCUGAUGAUAAAAAUGUGGACCUAUGUAAAGAGUUACUCCGUGAUGAGAUAUCUGCUGAUAAUGGACGAAGAUAUGAGCCUACUUUGGAGAGAAACAAGCAAGGAGAGAGAAUUGCUCAGGAAAGUGAUUGCUCCAUUGUUGAACCAAGCUAUAAUGAGCUACCGGUACAUGUUGAUAAUGAAAACUGCAAGACAGAAAGAAACCCUUUGACCGCUCAGCUCUUUGUUCCUGGUGGAGAAAAUGAUUCUGGUCCCAAGACCGCUGACAUAAAAUCCAAAGGAAUGCCAAUCAUUUUUCAAGAAGAUGCUCAGCAAGAGCAGGAGGAACAGAAUGACCAAGGAGCAAAAGAAUCACCUGCAGAUCCCAUUCUGGGCCAGUACAUUAAAAAAAUCCAGGAUCUCUUACAAGAGCAGUGGCUGUGCCUAGAACAUGGGUAUCCCGAGCUAGCCAGUGCAAUAAAGCAACCUGCCUCAAAGCUCAGUUCGAUCCAGAAUCAACUUGUAAAUUCUCUGAAUUUGCUGCUCUCGGCCUACUCAGCACAGACACCAACAGACCAAGAGAAUUCCAACACACAGUAUCAACAGUUGGAAAUCUCUCCAAGUACAAGUCUGAAAUCUAUUAUGAAAAAGAAAGAAGCUGGUUUCCAUGAAGGAAGUAACGGCACCAAAAAGAACCUUCAGUUUGUUGGGGUAAAUGGUGGUUAUGAAACCACGUCCAGUGAAGAUUCUACCUGUGAAGAAAACUCCUCUGAAGGUGAUUCAGAUAAUGAGGUGGACAGAAAACAUGGGAAUGAAGAGCAAAGUUGGGGGGAAGAUGUCGAAGAAGAAGAACAAUCAACACCUGCAACUCUUCCAAGUGCAAAGAAGGACCGUGGUUUGGGAAAACUAGAGGAAACCACACAAUCAACAAUGCAAGAUAAAGUUGAGCGAUUUAGACCCUCGGGAGAUUUUCUCAAAGGGUGCCAGAUCUUAAGCAAAAACUUGUCAGAAAUAAGGACCACAAAGGACAAAUUCCUGAGGCAUGUGUUGAGCACUGUCUGUCAGGAAUGGUUCCGGAUCUCGAGCAGGAAAUCGUCCUCCCCUGGAAUUGUUGCAGCUUACCUUCAGGAGAUUGAGGCGGUUCAUCCCCACCUACAGAGUGUCAUUGUCAAUUUAGCCGAUGGAAAUGGCAACACAGCUCUUCAUUACAGUGUUUCGCAUUCUAACUUUUGGAUUGUGAAGCUUCUUUUAGAAACAAGUGUUUGUGAUGUGGAUCAUCAAAAUAAAGCUGGGUAUACAGCAGUAAUGAUCACUCCACUAGCAUCAGCAGAGACUGAGGAAGAAAUGGAAGUAGUCAAGAAGCUCUUGCAAGAAGGCAAUGUCAAUAUAAGGGCUAGUCAGGGUGGACAGACUGCCUUAAUUUUGGGAGUCAGCCAUGAUAGAGAAGAUAUGGUGAAAGCAUUGCUGUCAUGCAAUGCCGAUAUAAAUCUUCAGGAUGAGGAUGGCCUAUCACCAUUAAUGGUGGCUUCUCAACAUGGUAAUUUGGAGAUGGUGAAACUUCUUUUAUCUCAUUCAGGCUGUGAUCCUGCAUUAGUGGACAAGGAUGGCAAUUCUGCUUUGUCCCUGGCUUUGAAAUCUGCCCACAUGGAAAUUGUAGAGUUCCUACGGACCCACAUACAUCAUACUCAAUCUCUGAAUACAUAAAAGGAUAUGGAAAAAAAACCUGUAUCUGAUUGAAUGAGAAAUUCAUAACAAAAGACUUAUUGUAUUAGCCAACUCUGUAACCACUUUAUAUGCCAAUGAUUUAGCUGAUAACCAUUACAUGAAAAAAGGAAUUAUGCCAAUUAUUUGCAUACAUUCCUCAUAAAUGAAUCACUCUCACGAGCUGUUUUAGUCCUGACCUAUGACCACUGCAACAAAUGAGAAUUAGAUUAUUGCCUUUGUAUUAAUAACUAUUCUUUUUUUUCAAAUGUUGCCUUCUUAAGGGGGAGAUUUCAGCCUAUUUUUUAUUUUUUAUUUUUUAAAUACCUGUGAAAACCAUUAAGAAGUUAUUUGUUGACAUACGUCUUCAGUUGCCUAGAAUCAUGGCAACCCAUU